AUAACGUGCUUGGUGGGAACGUGACAUAACCGCUUAUAAGCGUUUUAUUUAUUUAGUGGGUUAUUUACUCCCUUGGCACGGCCUGUGUGCGUUUGUGUGUGUGUGUGCGUGAGAGAGAGAGAAGGUGAAUACAGAGCAGCGUUUCCGCGCUGUACCGCUGGUGUGUUGUGGGCUUGCGCCGGAUCGCCACGGCACUUCCGCUCGGCGCGAGGGCGAUUACAAACACGCGCGUCCAAGGCGACGGAAGAGGCUCGCGCAGACACAAAGAAAGGUCGCGAGGAUGUCGGAUGAGGAUUCGCGUGCCGGCUCUAGUUCUUCCUCCUCUUCAUCAUCAUCGUCGUCCUCAUCGUUUUCGUCCACGGUCCGUCAGCAGUCGGAGAAAGACACACCGAGCAAGAAGCGAGAGAGCAAGGCCGGCAUGAAUAAAAACUCCAAACUUCUCUCAACCAGCGCCAAAAGGAUUCAGAAGGAGCUAGCUGAUAUCAUGUUGGAUCCUCCACCAAAUUGCAGUGCCGGCCCCAAAGGAGACAACAUCUACGAGUGGAGGUCCACCAUCCUGGGUCCUCCAGGCUCCGUGUACGAGGGGGGAGUCUUCUUCCUCGACAUCGCCUUCACUCCAGACUACCCCUUUAAACCGCCCAAGGUGACGUUUCGUACCAGAAUCUACCACUGCAACAUUAACAGUCAGGGAGUGAUCUGCCUGGACAUCCUGAAGGACAACUGGAGCCCGGCGCUAACCAUCUCCAAGGUGCUGCUCUCCAUCUGCUCUCUCCUCACAGACUGCAACCCUGCCGACCCUCUGGUGGGAAGCAUCGCCACUCAGUACACAAACAACAGACCGGAGCACGACAGGAUAGCCAAACAGUGGACCAAGCGCUACGCCACAUAAUCUCACACCUCACCAGGGAAGAAGAGUGCUACUGACGACGAUGAUGAUGAAGAUGGAGGGACGGCUCUGGGGAGAAGGGUGUGUAAUAUAGAGGAGAGGAGAGUGGGAGGGCACGAGGGUGGUUUAGGGUGGGAGGGGAGAUGGGUUCAGCUGUAGGAUAGAGUGUACAAGGAGUGUUUUAUGGUGGAGUUAAAGUCUUAUUUCCUGUUUGUCAUUUAACAUGAUCCCUUUCUUCUUCUCCUCCCCCUCAUUUUUACCUGUGUAGAAUUCUACUUUGGCAAUAAAUGGAUCUUAACAUGUCUUCCUUUUUAUUUUUGUUUGUCCCCCCCCACCCCCCCUCAGUUCUUGUAAAUUGAUUUUAGUUAGGACUUUAGAAGAGGGCCAUGAUGAUCAAUCCUGAUUUUUGCGUGUAGAAAAAAAAAAGAAGAAAAAAUCUGACAUCUGGUACAACGUCUGGUCUUGACUGUACAAUGUCUCCCCCCCCCUGCAUAUUAAAGUUCCAUUCGACAUACAA